UUCCCCUUACAUCAAAGACAACCAAAGUAUUUACUUCUACUCAGUCCACAAUAAAAACAGUCCUCUCUAAAACAACACCUUACACAACCACUUUCCAACAAGUCACUUCAAAAUCUACUGUCUCACCAACAUUUUCAAAAGCUCCCACAACUUUCAAAACUAAAGUGACUAGUACCACUCCAAGUACAGACACGCUAACUACUUCAAUUUCUACAAAAGAAACUACUCAAUCCACAAAACACAUGUCUCUUCCUAAAACAACCCACACAACACCAGUUAAAUCAACGUAUCCAGCACUCAUAUCAAACACUACAACUAUAUCUUCACCAUAUCCAAAGGGGAGCACAACUUUAAAAACUAAAAGUACAGUGACUGGUACCAUUCCCCUUAUAACAUCAAAAACAAGCGAGUUACGUCCUUCUAUUCAGUCCACAAUACAAACAGUCCUUUCUAAAACAACACCUCACACAAUCACUUUUAAACAUGCCACUUUUAAAUCAACAGUGUUGCCACUAUAUUCUAAAGCACCCACAACUUUCAAAACUAAACUAGCUAGUACCACUCCAACAACAUCAAGUACAGCCAAGCUAAGUACUUCCAUUUCUACAAAAGAAAGUACUCCACUCACAAAACAAAUAUCCUUCCCUAAAACAACUCACACAACACCAGUUAAAUCAACUUAUCCAGCAGUGAUAUCAAAGACAAAAACUAUAUAUUCACCAUAUUCCAAACUAUCCACAAGUUUGAAAGCUAAAAUGACAAUGACUGGUACAACUCCCCUCCCAACAUCAGAGACAACCAAGUUACAUACUUCUACUCAGUCCACAAUAAAAACUGUUGUUUCUAAAUCACCUCACACAACCACUUUUCAACGUGAAACUUCCAAAUCUACAAUCUUACCACCAUAUUCUAAAACACCCACAACUGUCAAAACUAAAAUGACUAGUGUUAGUGCAUGGAUAUUUAAUGAUAUAUUUGCAAACACGUUAGCUACAUUUUCAACAUCAAAGACAGCCAAGUUACAUACAUCUACUCAGUCCACAAUAAAAGAAUUCCCCUAUAAAUCAACACCUCUCACAACCACUUUUCCUUAUAUCACUUCCAAACAUACAACAACCAAAUAUCCAACAAUUUCUGAGAAAACAUCUGCCAUGUCUGGGAAGACAACAAAAAUAGCAACUACUGGAAAAAAAUCUACUCGGAGAGAAAAAGAAGAAACAUAUUUCAGAACUUUAAGUGUGCCGACGACAGUAGGUGAUCAAUGCCUCUUGAUCUCAGAGCCUAUCAAUAUAACAAAAGGCGAAUGCAGUACACUGCAGGCUGUGCCUAUGAAUUAUUGUGCUGGCCAAUGUUCUACAUCUUCAAUGUAUUCCCAUGAUCGUGAGAGUAUGAUGAGAAGCUGUUUUUGUUGUUUGGAUAUGGAGGGAAGCUCCAGAACAGUUCAGCUCACCUGCCUUGAUGGAAGCACAAUACCUUACACUUAUUAUCUUAUAAAAUCAUGUUCAUGUGUGGCCAUGACCUGUGGAAAACCUGAAGACACCACAUUGAGACCAGUUACUUGACCACGUCAUUGAGGAUCAGAUAGCAUUCUCAUGCAAUUGUUGCUGCAUUACAUGCAUCCUACAAUCUCGCUGGAAUAUAGUUAAGAGAAACAUAUGAUUUAGCUAAUAUAUGUAAUUACCCUAUUAAACCUGGCAGAUGGACAGAG